AUGCCACGAAUGUACUUUUCUGGGGUAGGUAGUGAUACUAUCACUAUCGAUGAUCCUAGCAACCAGUACAUUACAAUGAAUCCUGAACUAUUUAUUAGAGUUCUCAAUAACAGGAACUAA